AUGUCAUACUGGAGAGAAACCAUCUGAAAAUGCUCAGUGUGGUAAAGCCUUUGCACAACAUAGUCAUCUCCAAAGACAUAAGAGCACACAUACUGGAGAGAAACUCUAUGAAUGUAAGCCACGUGAUAAAGCCUUUACAUACGAUUCUCAGCUUCAAACUCUUGAAAGGAUUCAUAGUGGAGAAAAACCCUACAAAUGUAAUCAAUGUGGUAAAGCCUUUGAACGUCGUUGUAAUCUUGGAAGGCAUAAACUAAUACAUACUGGAAGAAAAUCCUACAAAUGCAAUCAGUGUGGUAAAGCCUUUGCACGACACAGUCAUCUCAAAAUGCAUGGAAUAACACAUACUGGAGAGAAACCUUACGAAUGUGAUCAAUGUGGUAAAGCCUUUGCAUCUCAUAGUUAUCUCCAAGUACAUAAAACAAUACAUACUGGAGAGAAGCCCUAUGUGUGUGAUCAAUGUGGUAAAGCCUUUGCACAUGGUCGUCCUCUUAGAAGGCAUAAAAUAAUGCAUACUAGGAAAAAAACCUACAAAUGCAAUCAGUGUGGUAAAGCCUUUGCACAACACAGCCAUCUCAAAACGCAUGGAGUAACACAUACUGGAGAGAAACCUUACAAGUGUGAUCAAUGUGGUAAAGCCUUUGCAUCUCAUAGGUAUCUCCAAGUACAUAAAAGAAUACAUACUGGAGAGAAGCCCUAUGAAUGUGAUCAAUGUGGUAAAGCCCUUGCAUCUCAUAGUCAUCUCCAAGUUCAUAGAAUAACACAUACUGGAGAGAAACCUUACAAGUGUGAUCAAUGUGGUAAAGCCUUUGCAUCUCAUAGUUAUCUCCAAGUACAUAAAAGAAUACAUACUGGAGAGAAGCCCUAUGUAUGUGACCAAUGUGGUAAAGCCUUUGCACAUCUCAGUCAUCUCCAAGUUCAUGGAAUAACACAUACUGGAGAGAAACCUUACAAGUGUGAUCAGUGUGGUAAAGCCUUUACAUCUCAUAGUUAUCUCCAAGUACAUAAAAGAAUACAUACUGGAGAGAAGCCCUAUGUAUGUGACCAAUGUGGUAAAGCCUUUGCACAACUCAGUCAUCUCCAAGUUCAUGGAAUAACACAUACUGGAGAGAAACCUUACAAGUGUGAUCAAUGUGGUAAAGCCUUUUCAUCUCAUAGUUAUCUCCAAGUACAUAAAAGAAUACAUACUGGAGAGAAGUUCUAUGAAUGUGAUCAAUGUGGUAAAGCCUUUGCAUCUCAUAGUCAUCUCCAAGUACAUAAAAGAAUACAUACUGGAGAGAAGCCCUAUGUAUGUGAUCAAUGUGGUAAAGACUUUGUAGUUCAGAGGGAUCUUAAAAGACAUAAAAGAACACAUACUGGCGAGAAACCUUACAAAUGUAAUGAAUGUGGUAAAGCCUUUGUAUGGAAUGGUAGUCUCCGAGCACAUAAAGUAAUACAUACUGGAGAGAAACCUUACAAAUGUAAUGAAUGUGGUAAAGCCUUUGCAUGUAACAGUAGUCUCCGAACACAUAAAGCAAUACAUACUGGAGUGAAACCUUUCAAAUGUAAGCACUGUGGUAAAGCCUUUGUAGGUCAGAAUUACCUUAAAAAGCAUGAAAGAAUUCAUACUGGAGAGAAACUUUACGAAUGUAAUGAAUGUGGUAAAGCUUUUGUAUUUGAUGCUAGUCUCCGAAAACAUAAAGCAGUACAUACUGGAGUGAAACCUUAAGAAUGUAAGCAAUGUGGUAAAGCCUUUGUAGGUCAGAAUGACCUUAAAAAGCAUGAAAGAAUUCAUACUGGAGAGAAA